AUGAGUGGUGGACCUAUUGAACUAAACACUCUCACGCCAGACAAUGAAGAUAAGUCUUUUGAAUUUCCACGCGAAUACGAUAAUGAAUCUGGUCCGGAUGAGGAUUUUGAGAUACCAAAAAUCAUAGACUUCCAAGGUCACACAGUGUUUUUGGGAAGCAGAGAUGUAAAACGCUCGAUUAGACUAAGAUUACAGGUUGCAGUAAUUGUGAUUAGCUUCAUGAUUAUAGGUGUGGCAGAUCAAUCCUUGGGAUCGGUUAUGGAGUACCUUUUGUCAGAUUACAAAACUGAUAGAACACAUAUAUCAUAUUUAUUUCUUUGUCAAGCUAUAGGUUAUAUGAUCGCAAGUUUCGGAAACAACAUGGUUUGCCAAAUGAUGGGCCUGAAAGGCCUUUAUCCAAUUUCAUUGCUGAUUAUGGCUCUUAUGCCUACAGCUAUCUAUGCAAAGCUGAACUUCCCAACGCUUGUUUCAGUUUCCAUGAUUAACGGACUUGGGUUCGGAACUCUCGAUUGUGCGAUGAACCUCUUUGUUGGUGGCUUGAAAUACAGUAAUCAAUUACUUGGGCUGAUGCAUGCAUUCUACGGUUUGGGAUGUUUCAUCAGCCCUUUGUUAUGCACUUAUCUGAUUCAUCGUGGGUUCUUGUGGAACCAAUACUACCUUUUCAUAUUGGGGCUCAUUGCAAUAAAUUUUGUGGGCUCAAUUUUCCUUUUUAGCAGAGAAACAAGAUGGAAAUAUAGGUACCAGCUACAGCAAGAUUGUGAGAAGGAUGAGACCGAUGAGAAGUUAUCGUUUAGGACGAUUAUCACAAACAAGUUUAUCAUUUUCUUCUCCUUGUGUUUAUUUACUUAUUUGGGAUCAGAACUAAGCAUGGGGGUGUGGCUGUUUAACUAUCUUUUGAACAUCCACAGCUUUACGGACAAAUCGUCGUCAUAUGUCACUAGUGCGUACUGGAUUGCCUUUACUGCAGGCCGGUUUUUCCUCAGCUUUAUCACCGGCCAUCUAUUCGAAGAUUACGAAACCAAAGCAAUGGUCAUUUACUGCACCCUUGUCACAAUUGGAACAGUUCUUUUCUGGCUGUUCAAUCACGUGUAUUCAUUGAUGGUUUGCUCUAUAUGCUUUGUUGGAUUCUUCGUUGGGCCUAUGUUUUCUACUACUGUGGUUAUAGCGAUGAAAACACUACCCAAAAAGUUUUCUACUGCAGGUGUGGCUGUGAUAUGUGGAUUGGGAGCGAUGGGUUCCACCGUCAUGCCCUACAUCAUGGGAUUGAUCGCAGACUCGACCGCAGGCGGGAAGGGUGCUGGAUUGGUUUAUUUCCCGUUAUACGAGGUUCUUCUGUUUGCUGCUGCAAAUAUGCUCUGGUUGGCCUUCUUUGUGAAGCACAAGAAGAAACUUGAUUCGUACGAACGUCUUUCAUGUGAUUGA